AUGGAAAAGAUCAAGGAGAGAAUGAACGCCCUCCGCCUGGAGGCCGACGAUGCCCAGGAGAAGGUGGAGGAGUUGAAGACUAAGGUCAAGACUCUGGAGCAGGAGAAUCUGGCGAAGGAACAAGAGAUCACAUCCCUCAACCACCGCAACCAGCUUCUUGAGGGUGAGGUGGAGAAGUUGGAGACUGCCCUCAAGGAGGCCAAGGAUGCUGCCAACCAGAGUGCCCAGCACGACACUCAGAAUGAAAGUCUUCAGAGACGUUUGCAACUCUUGGAAGAGGAGCUCGAGCAGGCUGACAAGAAUACCAGGGAGACAACUGAGAAGCUCCGCCAAACUGAUGUCAAGGCUGGCCACUACGAGCGCAAGGUGCAGGCUCUCGAAUCGUCUCGUGACGAAUGGGAGAGCAAGUAUGAGGAUAUGGCCAAGAAGUACGCCGAAUUGCAGAAGGAUCUUCAUGAACUGGAGGUUUCUAUAAGCAAUGUUUAA